AUUGCAGUCGAGUCCAGGGUGAUUUGUGUGGAGAGAGAGAGCAAAUCCAGCCAGAUCUCUCAACCUUGCUCCGUUUCCGAGCUUCUGCAGAACUUUUGGGCAUUUUUGUUGGUGGGUAUUUGAAGUGGGUUUUGGGGUCGGGGUCAGAAUAUGGCGGGGGGAGUGAACAGGAAGAUAUCGGCUGCAUCAGCCCGGGCUCAUACCAGAAAAUCUAGGCAAAGUUCUUCUUUUCGUCUUCCUUCUGGGAUGUUCAAGAAAAUACUAGUGGUCUUAUUGAUGGGGUUCCUGGCCUGGGCUUAUCAGGCAAUCCAAUCUCCUCCUCCCAAGAUAUGUGGCUCUCCAGAUGGUCCCCCUGUUACAGCUUCUAGAAUAAAGCUCAGUGAUGGAAGGCAUUUGGCUUACAAAGAACAUGGAAUCCCAAAGGAUAGAGCCAAGUAUAAAAUUGUUUAUGUUCAUGGCUUUGAUUCCUGCAGGCAUGAUGUCGUUGUUGCCACUUCUCUUUCUCCGGAAAUUGUUGAAGAAUUGGGCAUCUACAUUGUGUCCUUUGAUAGACCUGGUUAUGGAGAGAGUGAUCCUAAUCCUAAAAGAACUGUGAAGAGCAUACCAUUGGAUAUUGAAGAGCUUGCUGAUCAGUUAGGACUGGGAUCCAAGUUCUAUGUAAUUGGUUUUUCCAUGGGUGGACAGGUGAUUUGGAGUUGCCUCAAGUAUAUCCCUCACAGGCUAGCAGGUGCAACACUGAUAGCUCCAGUGGUCAACUACUGGUGGCCUAGCUUUCCUGCAAACGUAUCUAAAGAAGCCUACUACCAACAGUUUCGGCAGGAUCAGUGGACACUUCGUGUUGCUCACUACACGCCAUGGCUUACCUACUGGUGGAACACUCAAAAGUGGUUUCCUGCUUCUAGUGUUGCAGAACACAGCACUGAUAUUCUUUCUCACCAAGACAAAGAGCUCAUGCUUACUAAGCUUUCAAAGAGAAAGGGAUAUAUGGCGCAGGUGAGACAACAAGGAGAAUUUGAGUCCAUCCACCGUGACUUGAUGAUUGGAUUUGGAACUUGGGAAUUUGAUCCCAUGGAUCUAAAGAACCCAUUCCCAAACAAUGAAGGUUCUGUCCACCUAUGGCAUGGAGAUGAAGACGCAAUGGUGCCUGUUUCACUGCAACGCUACAUUGCCCAACUGCUCCCAUGGAUUCAAUAUCAUGAGUUACCAGGUGCUGGACACUUGUUCCCAUAUGCUGAAGGAAGGACCGAUGCUAUCAUUAAGGCACUCUUAACCGGGGAAAAGUAGCUUCCACAUAUAUAAAGAGCUAGCGCAGAAAUUGAAGUGUAUACGUAAUGUGCCUUGGUUUUCCUAAUAUCACUAAAGCCUUCCAAUGGUCAUCAUCAUGAGAUGGUUGGAUGAUGCCUCCCCCUCUUUGCUGUACUUUUCUUUAAUUUUCGGCUUGACAGCUCCACCAUGCUGUGGAAUGAUGGUCAUGAUAGUAGCCAUGACUAUUUUAUGUAGAAGUCUUACUUUUUUAUUUUAGUUUUUAAUUUUCCAGUAUGGUUAAACAAUUAAUAAAAUUGUUUUCAUUUGUAAUUGAUUCUUCCCUUGUGUUGGAAGAAAUGGUUCCAUAA